GUCAUUUGAAAUUUGUGUAUCUCUGUCAAACCAAAACAAUCGGUUUCCGUUACAAUGCGGUCAAAUAAAAUUACAAAAUAAGCAUUCCAAUGUUUAUAUUCCUGAUUAUAACACAAGUUUGAGUUAUAUUGUGGUGUUAAUAGAAUUUAAGUAAAAAUGUAUAAAAUCAAUUGUACUUUACUUGUGGUUUCUUUAUGUGCUUUGCUAUGGGGUGUGGCCGGUCAGUACGAAUGGCAAAUACGCGAUUCUGUAGACGAAAUUCGAGGAAAAAUGGAUAAAAUUAAUACCGACAACUGCUUUAUCAGCCAUUUAGAUGAUCUCUUCCUUCCUGAGGAUUCCGUGUCUCACCAUCCCGACGUAAAAGAGAUAAACAUUAAUCCCGUGUUCGCAAAUCGUACUGCAAUGUUACAUUUGCACAAUAUGGCUAUGACAAGGGCGUUUUUCUGGAGUUACAUUCUGCAGUCCAGGUUUAUUCGACCUGCGAUAAACGAUACCUACGAUCCAGGGAUGAUGUAUUAUUUUCUAUCAUCUGUAGCCGACGUUUCUGCUAAUCCAUAUAUAAACGCUAGUUCAUUAUAUUUCUCACCGAACAUGUCAUAUACAUCCUCAUACCGAGGAUUCUUCAAUAAGACUAUGCCUAGAUUCGCGCCUAGAGCUCUAAGAGCAGAUGAUUUCAAUGAUCCUGUUCAUUUGCAAAAGAUAUCAACAUUAAAUACAUUUUUUGUGGAAGAUCUGGGUGCAUUUGACCCUGAAAGCUUGUCAAAGGAUUACACAUCUGAUUUCUAUCGUACUAACGAGUGGUAUUCUUUAUGGUUACCCGACAAGGUAUCAAACAGACAUGACACAAAAACAACAUAUCAAGUUGAAAUAAGAUAUGCUAAUAACACCAAUGAAACAUUCACUUUCCAUGGACCCCCUGGCAAUGAUGAGACACCUGGACCAGUGAACUGGACAAAACCUUAUUUCGACUGCGGUCGGUUGAACAAAUGGCUCGUGGCAGCAGUUUCACCUGUUGCCGAUAUUUAUCCCCGUCACACUCAGUUCAGGCAUAUUGAAUAUCCAACAUAUACGGCAGCUGUGGUUAUGGAAAUGGAUUAUGACAGGAUAGAUAUAAACCAAUGUCCACCGAGUCAGGGUAAUGACAAACCAAAUAGAUUUGCUUCUACAGCGAGAUGUAAAGAGGAGACUACUGAAUGUGAACCAAUCCAUGGUUGGGGUUUCCGUCGUGGCGGUUAUCAGUGUCGGUGCCGGCCCGGUUUCCGUCUGCCAAGUAUUGUGCGUCGACCGUACCUCGGGGAGAUUAUCGAACGAGCAACAUCCGACCAGUAUUAUAACAACUUUGACUGUCUGGAAAUUGGGUGGGUGCAGCGGCUGCCGGUGCAGUGGGAGAAGGCGCACCCGCUGAUCCGCGCGCUGUACGCGGACCGCUACUACGAGUACGUGAACGCCACGAGCGGGCCGGCCGCGCUGCACGCCGAGCGCGUCAACGUGUACGAGGUGCUCAACUACAUCCGCUCCGUGCAGCCCUGGAACUGCUCGCUGUACAAUCCGACAGAUUUAUUCUUGAAUGGUGACAUUGCUUUUGGUGCAGAAGAGCAGUUUGAGAAUCAAGCCAAAAUGGCUGUGCGAUUGGCGAAUUUCAUAAGUGCUUUCUUACAGGUGUCAGAUCCCAAAGAAGUUUUCAGUGGUACAAGAGUAGCCGAUAAGCCCCUCACUGAGGAUCAGAUGCUUGGAGAAACUCUUGCUAUAGUUCUGGGUGAUUCUAAAAUUUGGUCUGCGGGUACAUAUUGGGAUAGAAACAAGUUUACAAACCGAACAUUCUUUGCACCAUUUGCACAUAAGACUGAGCUAAACACUAGAAAAUUCAAACUCGAGGAUUUGGCGCGAAUUAAUAAGACUGAUGCUGUGUAUAUUAACAAAUCGUGGUACCAAUUCCUGAAACAGAGAUGGUCGACUAAUUUCGACAGCCUUGAGAAGUAUUUCCUUAAAAUGAAAAUACGUGAUUCCGAAUUCGGAAAAUAUUUGAAGCAAUACGAGAGGUAUCCCACGUUUUAUAGAGCGGCUAGUCUCAAACAUGGACACUGGACACGCCCGUACUACGAUUGCGAAGGACCUUUGAAGCAAUGGGUUAUUACGUAUGCUUCACCAUUCUUUGGGUGGGACAGUGUCAAAGUUAAGCUGGAAUUUAAGGGAGUUGUGGCUGUGACCAUGUCUUUAAUGUCUUUAGACAUUAAUCAGUGUCCGGACAAAUUUUACAUACCAAAUGCAUUUAAAAGCACUGACAAGUGUGAUAGGAGAUCCUCUUAUUGUGUACCGAUCCAAGGACGCGGGUUUGAAGCUGGUGGUUACAAGUGUGAAUGUUUACAAGGCUACGAGUACCCAUUCGAGGAUCCCAUUACAUACUACGAUGGUCAGAUCGUAGAAGCUGAGUUCCAGAAUAUCAUAGAAAAUAAGGAAACACGCAUUGAUAUGUUCAAGUGUAGACUGGCUGGAGCAGCAGCUAUUCAAGGUAGCUUCGCUGUAUUGUUUACAGUUCUGAUCUUUUUGUGGAGAUUCAGGUAAUUUAAUAGUCUAUUGGUUGCACCUGAUAAAUAUAGUCUGAC